AGUGGGGGUGCUUGUAGAGAGAGGCGGAGUGAGUGCUUUACCGCAGUAUCACUAGAUUUCUGCACCACUCAUCAAAACUCUGCGGCAUGCAGACAAGAGCUGGGGGGGAGGGCAUAUAGGCUACCAGGUCUGUGCUGGAGAGUAGGACCGCUACCUCUUACUAUAACUAUCCAUCUUUCUGUUAUCAGAUAGGCUGGGGUUUUACUUUAGUGUUCAUUCAUUUGUGCGUCUGAGCGCUUAGACCUGAGUAAUUGCCUCUCUUCUUCCAACAGCCGCGGUGGUACAGUAGCAUAUCUCUCCCUCUCCGUCUCUCUCUGCUGUCUGCCUAUUUGUUCCUACCCGGCUCUUACUGCAUUACUUUCAUUAGAGCUUUGGUUGUCCAAACUUUUAUGACAAAAUGGCAAAGGAUGGAGAAAAAAGCGGGUGGAAGGAAUUUAUAUGGAACCCGAGGACGAGGGAGUUUCUGGGCAGGACGGCGAGCAGCUGGGGUCUUAUUCUUCUCUUCUAUGUAAUUUUCUACAUCUUCCUGGCCGGCUUGUUUGCACUCACCAUGUAUGUCAUGCUGCAGACCUUGGACGACCAUAAACCCACCUGGCAAGACAGGCUCGCUACACCAGGCAUGGUGAUUAGACCCAAAGCAGAUGAGACCUAUGAGAUUGUCUAUAAGAUCCAGAACACUGAGAGCUGGGACAUGUAUGCUCAGGCCCUGGACAGGUUCCUGGCACCCUACAACGACAGCGUCCAGGCCCAGAAAAAUGACGAGUGCGUCCCAGACCGGUACUUCCUGCAGGAGGACAGCGGUGAUGUGAAGAACAACCCGAAGCGCUCCUGUCAGUUCAACCGCACCAUUCUGGAGGACUGCUCUGGACUUACUGACCGUUACUAUGGAUACCAGGACGGCAGGCCAUGCAUCAUCAUCAAGCUGAAUCGGGUGAUUGGGAUGCUGCCAGGAAAGGACGGACAGGCUCCGUAUGUCACCUGUGGUGCAAAGAAAUACAAAGUUGGCAAAGAUCAAUGGAAAGAAGACUCUGACAAAAUUGGAGAAUUGAUGUACUUCCCUCCGAAUGGCACUUUCAACCUUAUGUACUACCCUUACUAUGGCAAGAAAGCUCAGGUGAACUACUCUCAGCCUUUGGUUGCCGUCAAGUUCCUUAACAUUACUGCCAAUCAAGAUGUCAACAUCGAGUGCAAGAUCAACGCCAACAACAUUCCCCAAGGAAGUGAAAGAGACAAGUUUGCCGGAAGAGUGUCUUUCAAGCUGAGGAUCAACACUAUUAACUAGGUUGACCUUUCUCCUCUCCUGAAAACUACUUUCUUCAUUCUCUGCGACAUUGCACAUACACAGAAACAAAUCUCAGUAUUCACACCCUUCGUAGGAUUUGUUUACAACCCCCACAUUGUGGGGACAUUGUUUGUCCAGUUGUGUGAUGAGAUGGGGCAAGAAUAAAAGGGUGGCAAUCCUGUCAUUA